AUGAAUCUAAGAAGUUCCCGCGUUUAUUCUGCUCCGGUGCCUAAAAUGCCUCCCGGUCUCGUGGAAUUAAUGGAAGGACUUGCUAGGGAUGUCUUAAAAAAUAAUCCCACCGAUGUUUAUGCAUUUUGCGCUGACCACAUGCUAAACUUAAAACAAAUUAGAGAUGGCUUGAUGUUGUUCUAUGGAAUGUUGUGCCGCGAGCGAGCGCGCGACGCGGUAGAGUGGACGAUUAUGUUUGCAGACGGCCUCGGCCUCGCUCUCGCUUCCCGUUUUGACUUUCAGAGACAACACUUGAUCGAUUUCGAGCUCUUCACGGCUCAUAUUUCUGCUAUGCACGGAACAUCUCCGCGACUAACAGAUCGCAUCUCCUCUCCGCUUUGUGAGUCAACAAAAAAGAUUCCAACUUUAAAGGCAAAAAUAGCAUUUGCUACUAAAAAGGUAAGAGACAGAGCUGCUCAACGGCAAGACGAGUUUGAUAAAAAAAUGCAAUUGUUUCCAAGUGUUCAAGGUGAUAAUAAUAAACAGGCAGAACAAUACAUUCAACAAAAUAUUGUAAAAAUUCCUCAAAACCAUUUGACGAGCAACAGAGAGCAUGAAAUAAUUGCAGGAUCGGCUAAAAAAAAUUUCAUCCCAUCAGAACAUAUUCAAGAUACCGACGGUCGAAUGGUUGUUUCUUCACCAGACACAAAUACAGACACAGCUUAUCAUCCAAAUUGUGAUUCGAUUGAUAACGUAUCGAAUCCGGAGCAUUAUACUAAAAAUGUAGGAAAGGACUCUGCUGAAAUUGAAAUAAGUAGUAAAAAUAUUGAUGAAAAGGAACUCGAAGAAUGGAAUGUUGUAAAUCUUGAUAAAGUUACCAUCUCUGAAGAAUCUCAAAAUAAUAAAAAUCCAUUAGAACAACAGGAAAUUCUUGAAAAAGAAGAAUCGAAUGUAAUAAAUUCAAACAAUAUCAACGACAGUGUCGUAAUACCUGAAUACGAAAAUGUAAGACACGGUAAUCAACAUAUUAAUACAUCAAGCAUUACAGAAUUAGUUUACUGUAAACAGGUAGAAGACAAGAGUAACAUAGAAAUUGCUAAUAUAAAUAUUAACAAUGAACAACAUAUAGAUUUUAAAAAAGAAUAUGGUAUAUCUGAGAUUCAAAGAAGCCUCGAGGAUAAUAAUUCAGAAAAAGGCGAAAGACAGUCUGUGCCAGACUCAACGCCAUUUGACAAUAAUGAUAAUGUUAUUCAUGAAACGCAUGGAAAUCUACGAGCUUCUUUUGAUAAUGAUGUGGAAAUUAGUGGUUCGGUGGCUUUUGAAAAUAAUCUUGAACAAGAACCAGUAGAAAAAGAUAGAUACAAUCAAAUAACCGGACACGUCCAUAACACCUCGAUGGAUUUAGAAACAGCUGCGAUCACUAUACAAAAAGUAUUUCGAUCAUUCCUUUUUAGAAAUAAAACUUUAAGCAUUGAUGAUUCUACGAAUAUUGAUAUAAAUUUGCUGAUUGAAGAUAAGGACAAAAAGGAUGACGAAGCAAUGUCUAUCAAUAAUAAUAUUAACAAAGAUAGAAGACCGCUUGGUGUUAAUAGAAUGGAUACUGUUUUACAAACUGUAAACGAAGAGAAAUCGUUAUCUUUAUCGACCGACGAUUCUUCUACUAUAUCAAGUGCAGCUACAAUAAUUCAAGCUCAUGUUAGAGGCUUUUUAGUAAGAAACAACUACAAUUUUAAUAAAACAGUGUCUAGUACAUCCGGCAUAGAUUCAGAUGUACCAUCUUUGACUUCCUUAGAAUGCGAUAAUAAUUAUAACAAGAACAAAACAGUUUUAAAUAUACACAUUGUCCCAGAAGGUGGCCAUUUCAUGAGUAGGGAUGAGAGUAUGCUCACUUCAAUGGAUUUAUCUUUAGACGGGAGUCCUCCUAGUCCCACCAAUUUGCAUCCCUUAGGUUACGACAAGAGUGAAAGAAGAAAAUUAAAAAGAGAAGACGCUAUUCAAUCCAUAUCUCCACCCAGUUGUAAUAGUGGAAAAUUAAGCGAAGAUGUCGAUUCAGUAAAGGAAGUAAUGAUAAAUGAUAACAAUGAUAAUUCAAAAAGCGAACCUGAAAUUGCUUCUGAUGUCCACAAUACGAAAACAGUUUUAUCUUCAACAGAUACCUUUAAUGACAAUAAUAUUUCUACUAUGGUUGAUAUCGUAAAAACUGAAGAAACUGCGAAUACACAAGAAUAUAAUAAAUCAGCUAAUAAAUCAGAUCAACUAAAAUCUAUGUCUCAAAUGGCUUCAGAUGAAUCAGACGUGGUAACACCGCUUGUGAUUUCAGAGAAAACAGUAUCAUCGGAAAAUGUAGAAAAUAAGUUGAUGCAUUCCGGAGAAUGCCAUGAUGUGGUACUUCCAACAAAGGUGUCUCGUAAUGAUACAUCUGUCGUCCGUGAGUUCCAGAAUGUGUUGGUGUAUUUUAUACUUUGGAAUAAUUCUUAAGAAUAAAAAAAUGUUGCGACGUAGACGUAGUUUGAAACUUAUCAUCGUGGUAGCAUAUCAUUUUCAAAUCUAUAAUUAUAUUCAACUUUAGUCACUUUUAUUAAAGCAAUUUGAAAUUA